AUGGAUCUCGGCCUUCCAUUUAGUUCUGGCUGUGCUGAAACACACCAGGUUGACCUGAGAGUUGUAGUAAAAGAAGAACACAUAAAAGAGGAGGAACAUGAUCAUAUGAUUACAUUUCAACAUGAUGAGGAAAAGCCCGUUGCAGAGCUUAACUGUAAAACUGAAACAGACGUCAUAGAGUCACCAAUGUCGACUUACAAUGAAACAGUGAAGACUGAAAAAGACGAAGAAGAAGAGGAGAAGGAGCAACAAUGUGACUGGCUGCUGGAAAAUGUAUCAGAACACCCACAUGUAACACAACAGAGGAUCCAUGGACAGAAUGAUGAAUUCAACCUGCAACUCAAAGGAAGGCUUCACCACUGCACAGUCUGCAGGAAGAGUUUCAAGACCCUAAGUGAACUUGAGAAACACCAGCAAACACACUCUCUUGGUGUUAAUCAAAGCCAGAGUACUGGCAAAAGACAACAUAAAUGUGUCAAUUGUGGAAAAACUUUUUUAAAAACUUCACAUCUUAAAACCCAUUUACUAACACAUACGGGAGAGAGGCCUCAUAAAUGUGCCCAGUGUGGAAAAGCUUUUGUGCGACUCUCAAAUCUUAAAGACCAUCUACUAAUACACACGGGAGAGAGGCCUUAUGUAUGUUCCCAGUGUGGAAAAGCUUUUACACGACUCUCAACUCUUAAAACUCACAUACGCAUACAUACUGGAGAGAAGCCUCAUAAAUGUGUCCGAUGUGGAAAAGCUUUUUUACAAAAUUCACAUCUAAAAUACCAUGUGCUAAUACACACUGGCGAGAAGCCUCAUCUGUGUGUCCAAUGUGGAAAAUCUUUUACACAAAGGUCAGCUCUUAAAACCCAUAUACUAAUACACACAGGAGAGAAGCCUCAUAAAUGUGUGCAGUGUGGAAAAGGGUUCUCAAUAGUUUCACUACUUCAAUCCCAUAUUUUAUCUCACACUGGAGAGAAGCUUCAUAAAUGUGCCCAGUGUGAAAAAGCUUUUACACACCUCUCGUCUCUUAGAAGCCACAUGCUCAUACAUACUGGAGAGAAGCCUCAUAAAUGUGUCCGAUGUGGAAAAGUUUUUUCAUUAAUUUCAAAUCUUAAAAACCAUUUACUAAUACACACUGGAGAGAAGACUCAUGAAUGUGCCCAGUGUGGAAAAUCUUUUAAAUACCUCUCAACUCUUAAAACCCACAUGUUCAUACAUACUGGAGAGAAGCCUCAUAAAUGUGUCCAAUGUGGGAAAUCUUUUUCACAAAGUUCAGCUCUUAAAUACCAUGUACUAACACACACUGGAGAGAAGCCUCAUAAAUGUGUCCAGUGUGGAAAAGCUUUUUCACAAAGUUCAGAUCUUAAAAACCAUUUACUAAUGCACACUGGAGAGAGGCCUUAUGAAUGUGCCCUGUGUGGAAAAGCUUUUACACUCCUCUCAACUCUUAAAACUCACAUACGCACACAUACUGGAGAGAAGCCUCAUAAAUGUGUCCGAUGUGGAAAAGCUUUUUUACAAAUUUCACAUCUGAAAUCCCAUGUGCUAAUACACACCGGUGAGAAGCCUCAUAAAUGUGUCCAUUGUGGAAAAUCUUUUACCCAAAAUUCAGCUCUUAAAACCCAUGUACGAAUACACACUGGUGAGAAGCCUCAUAAAUGUGUCCAGUGUAAAAACGCUUUUCUAAGACUUUCAGACUUAAGACGUCACAUGCUCACACACACUGGAUAGAAGCCUAAUUAUUGUGCCUAGAGUGAAAAAGCUUUUCCAAGAAUGGCAGAUUUAACACGCCACAUGCAAACACACACUGGAGAGAAGCCUCACCAUUGAUCAAAGUGUGAAGACUCAUUCAUCAUUGAUGGGGGGGCACAAUGAAUGGACAAUAAACAUCAUGUAGGCUUUGAUUUGGGAACCCAAAAUCAUUGUUUCCCCUAGACAUUUUUUCCAGCAAUAGGGUGUUAGUCACAGUUAUGCUGGGGGGGGGCAUACUGCCCCAGAAGAAAAUGUUGAAUGACUCCUUAGAUGAGGACUUCUGGCGAGUCUUGUCAAAAGAAAUGGACAGAUUAAGUUGCAAAUAUGACACAGCCUAACAUCAACCGAUUCAAAGCAUCUGCUAUGGAAAAAAUGGCAGUUACAAAGGAUUAUCAGUCACAACAAAAACCUAUCAGCAUAGACAGGAUUAUUCAUGGUUUUCUUUU